UUUCGUAGCUUAGUUUCUUUUUGUUAAAUACUUCUAUGAACUUUCUGUAAGCAUAUGCAGUGGAUUCUUAACAAGAUAUGAAUUUUGUUAAAUUCCAUUGUAAACAAUUAUUGCUUUCAUUUUAUCUCUCUUAUGUUUUCCCCAAGAAGUAUUUCUUUCAAAUUGCAGUAAUUGCUUAUCAUGGAUUUUCGAAAUACAUAAGAUGUAACUUCGUAUGCUCAACUCGUAACAAACGCAGAAGUUGAGUAAUCACCAAAUGUUGAACUAUUAUCAUCUUAUAAAAAGUUUAAUAUGUUCCAACACUUUCUUAGAGCUCAGGGUCAUAAACGAUGAUAGAGAUUAAAGCUCAGAUCAAAUAUAAAUGACCAACCUAAAACAAGCAGCAAGUGAUUAAGGCUGCAAUUAUUUAACAGAGAACCAAGUUCUGAAAUCUUUGUUCUUACUAAUACCUGAGAAAGUAAACUUCAUUGUUAAUGCCUGAGACUAGCAUGUGUAACACAUCCAUUUGGGUUGUAUAGAUUCAAAAUACUUGCGUCUGUUUUUUUAGUCACAACUCUUCCCUAUUUUAGUUAUUUUGAAAUAGUUGUAACUUGUAACAUAUGCCAUAUUGUUGGGAUGAGGAUCCGAACCUUGGGCAAUUAUCUAGAAUUAGGGAUGGUACUCCACUGACGUACCACCUCUCCCUCGCGCUACAAUAUUUGGUGAGAGAAAGAAACCACAAGCUAAAAAAUAGGUAUUUAUCUUCCCCUUGGAAAAAAAAGAGGUAUUUAUCUUCACAUUUUCUCAAUAAUUUAAACUGGCAACAAAAAAAAAAGAAAAAAAUUAUUAUGCAAAAAAGGUUUUCUGCUUCUACAGAGAUCCGGUUUUAUGUCACAGAUGAAUUAGUUUUAAUUAUAUGAAAGGAAGAAAAAGAGUGCCAUCAAGAUAUUUGCAGAAGAAAAGGACAAUAAAGAGCACCACUAUCAAGAUAUUAUCCGAACAGUAGCCACAUAUUUACAUAUACACACUCUCUCCCAAAAUUUCGCACUAAAUACUACAGAAUGGUUUUGUUAGGCUGUAUUUUUGUAACCAAACCAGCCAUCACUCUUGCUCCUCUCUCCAGCAAUUCCUCUCAGCCCACAGCACCCCGCAAACCUUCAAAGGUUACUACUUCAAAAUCAAACCCUAAUAAACAAAAUCAGCCCUCUGUCGCGGAGAUUGAACGGGCCAUUGGUGCUGGCAGCUACCGUGACUAUGAUCCUGCCAGUAUCAGUGAGCCAGCAGAGAAGAAAAAUGUCUUCGAUGCAGUACUAUCGAAUUCAAUAGGAAAGACAGAAGGCAAAACUGAACGGGCAUUACGCGAAACUGGAGAGUGGAUAAGUGGGCAAACUGAGGGAGCUGCCCGCUCUUCUGGAAAGAAAAUUCUGGAGGUCAUGUUUUUCUGGCUUGCACCAGCUUGGUUCGUUCUACUAUUGAUUGCUACUGGUGCUGUUAAGUUACCCUUUAGCUUUCCUGCUCUUGAUGACUUAAUCAUGUAAAUUACUAAUGACACAUCAAUCUUACGACUGUAGCAAACUAGCAUGUAUUGUACAUUAUGUGUCAUUGAUAUAUACUAUCAUAAGAUAGAAGGGAAA